AUGUCUCAUCUUCCACUUUUUUCCUCUGGCGAUGGCAAGAUAUCUGAUCAGGGUGGUAGGGCCAGGACCGCCUCGACGGCCACGCUCACAGACGGUACUAGCAUCUAUGGGAUCUACACCCCCAGCCUCACCCACGACAGUACAUUGUCUGAGCUUGUUGUGAUACCGUCGGCACCGGAGCCCACGGUCUUAUUGCGCGAAAUUCAACAGGCUGCCGAUGACAUAUCACAGCUCGUAGGGCGAUUUGGAUUCAAGAUGGCAAAAACGCUGACGACUCCUUAUAUCAAAAAGGCGCUUUUCGCGGACAAGAAAUUGCUUCGACUACCGUGCCUAAUAUACGCAGACGAAUUCUCCUGCGUAAUCACAAGGUUCUGUUCCAAACCAAUCCACGACUCGACUUCGGCACCGCUGCUGUGGUGGCUCUGGAACGAGCUACUCGACGUCCUGCCGCCGAUAGGCGAGACGCGGAACUGCAGACUCGACUUCAAACCCGCCUUGAGGACUGACAUAGCCCUGCCCUAUGCGAUCACCAUCGACAUUUCAAGCAAAAACAACAAAGACAACAUCGAGCUUAC